AUGAGGCGGCACGAGAAAACGAAGCAGCAGCAUGGGAGCGGCGGAAGACGGCCGGCACUGUGGCUCCUUCUGCCUCCUCUUCUAGUUCUGGCUGUGAUCAAGACUAACUUACUGCCGCAGGGUGCGCGCUUUAAGGAGACCGGAUUUGACAAAUUAACAAAUGAAAUGGUUCAGAGAGUUUCAUCUUUAGGUUUGGAUAGUGCAAGUCGGCAGCAACAAUCACUUGACGCAGAAUCUGCAAAAGUUUUAUUUCCUGCAAAGUACAACCAACAAAAUCAUAUUCUUGCCACAAACGUGGCAAAAGAUGGUUCUUUGAGAAAUUCAGAUGUAGCAGAACCACCGACAAGCAGGAGCAAGCUAACCUGCAACUGGAGCCAUCGUCACUUAGACACCUGCAGAAUGGAAGGUGACUUGCGGAUCCAUGGCAAAGCCGGCACUGUCUAUGUCCUUUCAUCAUCCACCUUCAACCCAAACAACUCGACCACCACAAUCCGGCCGUACACGCGGAAGUGGGAGCAAGGGACCAUGGAAAGGAUUCGGGAGGUCACCAUACGGUCCACCGCGCCAGAGCCUUACAGCUUCGUUAUCCCACCCAAGUGCACGGUGAGGCACGACGUGCCAACGGUGGUCUUCUCUACCGGCGGCUGCGGCAAGAACUUCUUCCACGCCAUGACUGACCUCAUUGUGCCACUCUACAUCACAGCCCGUGAGUACAACGGCCACGUCCAGCUGCUCGUCACCGACUACCAGCCUGAGUGGGUGGCCAAAUUCAGGCCGAUCCUGGCCGCACUAUCCAUCUACCCGGUCAUAGACUUCGACGCCGACACCGCCGUGCGUUGCUUCCCGUCGGCGCACGUCGGGCUUGAGAGCCACAGGAUACUUGGCAUCAACCCGGCUCUCUCCCGCAACGGCUACACCAUGAUGGGAUUCCGGGACUUCCUCCGGGACGUCUUCUCGCUGCGGCGGGCAUGGGCGACACCCGUCGUUGCUGCGGGUCCGGAGGACGUCCGCGACAUGGCCAAGAUCGCGGCGGUGGUGAACUCGUGCGACGUGAUGGUGGGCGUGCACGGCGCUGGGCUGACCAACAUGGUGUUCCUGCCGCACAACGGCACCAUAGUGCAGAUCAUCCCGUGGGGAAACUUGAAGUACCCAUGCCGGUUCGACUUCGGCAACCCGGUGCCAGACAUGGGACUGCACUACGUCGAAUACGAGGUGAACGCGGAGGAGACCACGCUCAAGUACAAGUACCCCAGGGACCAUCCGGUGUUUACCGACCCAGUCUCCAUAGAGCGCACCGGUAAACUUUGGGAGACCUUCCUCGAGGGCCAGAACGUCACGCUGGACAUCGACAGGUUCAGAGAGGCCAUGCAGCAAGUGUACAAGUCCGUCACCACUGAGUAG